AUGAGAGUCGACCGCAAGGCGCGAGGGGUUUCUGAAUCGGCCGAGCAGGAGCAGGACCAGGAGCAGGAGCAAGAGCUUCUUCUCUGGCGCCUUCUGGGUGCUCGCCCAGAGGUCCCCAGAGGUACCACAGAGGCACUCUCAAAUUCGUCAUCGGACAUCCCGGACGACCCCGCCACCACCCGUGGGCAACGAGACACCCGAUCCGAGAUGGACUUCGAGCCUUCGACUGGCGGGCCUCGCAGUCCUUUUGAAGACGAUGGCUCCGGCGGCGGCAACGAGCGGCCAAAGGUCCUGCCCGCCGAUCUGCCCACAUCCCUCGAUGAUAGACGCAUGCCCAGGGAGCCCGUCACCGAGACAGAGAUGUACGAUGGUUGGCAAGGACAAUCCCAAUUCCUGACAUCCCCGGUCGUUGCGAAACCUCUCAAAUUCAGCGACCUCUCCCUAGACGACAAGAACUACGACGAAGACCUCACGAGGGGCAUGGCUGACAGUGACACGCGGCUGAUGGAGAUGCUGGCAGCUCAAGCGGCGCACUCAUCCGGCCCCGGCUUCGAAGACGAGACCGCCAUUGCGACAAACGAGAAGCUCUCUGAAGACGAGAAGAAGAAGAUGCUGCAGAAGGCCUUGCACAUGGCAGCAAGUAAUGGCAAUGUUAAUCAGGUCAACCGGAUAUUGGCAGGGAAAGCCAAGGACUACGUGGACAUCAACGCUCCAGACGAGGACGGCACACCCCCGCUGAUAUACGCCAGCUGUUUUGGUCAUGAAGCUGUAGUAGAGGCUCUGAUCGCGGCUGGAGUCGACAUUGACAAGCAAGACCGCAACCGAUGGAGCGCUCUUAUGUGGGCCAUGACAAAUCGCCACAAGCAGAUCGCAAAGAUCCUCCUGGACAAUGGAGCGUCCUCGGACGCGAAGACUACGUCUGGCCGGACCGCUGCCGACUUCGUUGCACCUGAUAGUGAUAUGUCCUUCUAUCUGCACAGUAAUGGGUACAAUAUCGGCAGUGCUGGCAUAGGCGACGACGACUUCUACAAGCCCGGCUUUUCGCAGGACAAAUUCGAGGAGGAAUUGAUGGAAAGCGAACUGCGCAGGCGCAUGAUGAUGGAAAGUGCACGAGAUUUGGAGGUAGACCUGGGUAAUGUGGGAAUGGACGAUCAACCAGAGGCCGACGAUGAAUUCGACGAAGAGCAGCAGGAGUUUGACUGGGCAAGAUGCCUCCACGACCAAAUGUUUGUUUUCCAAGAGGGCGAUCUGGACCGCAUUCUGGAUAUUAUCGUCACCAACAUGACGCCGCAGAGAUCAGCGGCCCAAAAGCCUGUCCCGGCCAACAUGAUUUUCUUGAGCGCGAGAUAUGCCCACUAUCAUGCAAGCUCCGAUCUCUUGGCAAAGUUACUCAUUAAGGCCAUGGAUAGGAUAAAUGAGGUCGUCGAGGAACACCAGUGGGACAUGACCAUUCUGGCAUUCUGGGCCUCGAACGCCACUUUGCUGCUCCAUUAUUUGAAGAAAGACGCCGGGCUGGUGGAGGCCACUGUUAACUUUCAGGCUCAGCUUGCUGAACUCGUCAACGAGAUCUUCAUCCUCAUCGUCCGUGACGCAGAGAGGCGGCUGGACAAGGUCCUCGAUGCAGCAAUGCUAGACCAUGAGACGAUACCGGGUUUUGAGGGCAUCACUUUCCAGAAUGAAUGGAAGAUUUUCAAGACCAAAAAGAAGGUCAAGGAAGAACCACCAGAGCGGAAAUAUCGACCACCAUCUCCCAAGCAGAGGGCCAAGCCGGCACCCAGAAACGUCACCUCUCUCCUCUCCUCGACACUUUUCGUACUCGACCUAUACGAUGUGCACUCCGUCAUAACCGCACAGAUCAUCGCACAACUUCUAUAUUGGCUGGGUGCCGAACUCUUUAAUCGGAUAAUGUCCAACAGGAAAUACCUAGCUCGUACAAAAGCAAUGCAAAUACGUAUGAACGUUUCGGUGCUAGAGGACUGGGCACGCACCAACAACAGGCAGCCUGAGCACUACGAGCACGGCGACAUGCAGGCUCAUGGCGACAACACCAUAGAGUCAGCCAGGAGACACUUGGGCCCCGUCAUUCAACUUCUUCAGUGGCUGCAAUGCUUCUCAUCGCUGGGGGCGGACGAUCUGGAGGCGCUGAUUGACACUUUACAGCAACUCAAGUCUCUCACCCCGCAGCAGCUCAUCCAUGCUGCAAACCACUACCGCGCCGAGGUCGGCGAAAAGGGCCUCCCCAAGAGCGCAAUGAAGUACCUCGCGGCGAUACAAAAGGAGACCGAGGUACGGAGGGAGAAGGAAAAGAGCAAUCGCCGCAGUGUGGCCGCGUCGCUCUCGUCCCCGACACGCAGCUCAGCCCCGAGUAGCGCGCCGGCGACGCCCCAGCGGAACGCCAAGAAACCGGCCAACGGCGGAGCAGAGCCGACCACGCCCGGGGACGACGACGAGGAGGAGGACGCGCCUGAGAACCUGUUGUUGGACCCGGCUUACAUGCUGCCGUUCACCCUGCCUUCGGUCACGGACAUGCUGGUAUGCUUCGGGGCGGGCUUCGGCGGCGUCAACCGCGAGCGGGAGAGGAAGUACAUACCCACGGUGCCUCCUGAGUUUUUGGCAAAGCUUGAGGUCCUCGGGGGCGGGAGUAGCAACGCCAGGCGACCGAUGUACGGCGAGCAAGACUGGGAGAACGAGGACGAAUAG